CGAAACAGACACAAGUUACGCCUUCUCCUCCCCAGACUGGAUCUCCUACUUUCUCUAGACGACCAUUGUCUACUUCAUCUUCCGUUUCAACAAUUACUACCAUUGACCCCGUUUCUAGGCAACCUGCUCAAAUGACACCCAGACAAGAUAGUUUUCCUGUAACUAAUCUGUCUACUAUAGAAUCAUCCACUACAACUUCAUUCGCGACCCCUGCUGCAUCAUUGACUAUGCCGUUGUCCCGAACUUUAUCAAAUCCUUCAUCACCUGGCGCUCAAGAUUUACCGGGAAGUGUCAUGAUUCACACAGCAGACCCGAAUAAUGAUUAUACCAAUGAAUUUUUAGAAGAAGAAAUGACUAAUAGUCUAGAGCAAAGUAAUGAGCUUUCGCUAAGUGACAAACUGGCUCAAUUGAACACUCAAGCUUAUCCUGCUUUCUUACCGGCGGGACUUAAUCCACUGGGUACAGAUCCCUAUGAUGAAGGACCCCCACCAUUUAUCAAGCCUAAUGCGCAUGACUCAACAAAUUCAUCAUGUUCCCUUAGUGAAUUUGGCUCUGUUACUCUAUCUGAAAUGGGAAGCGUGUAUCUAGAGGAAUCUUCGAAUUCAAAACU